GAGAGUUCCUACCUGAGCAGAGGUAUUCCGGCAGCAAUGGCAUCAUCGGACACUGAAGGAAAAAGAGUGGCUGUUAUCGGUGGUGGUUUGGUUGGAGCAUUGAAUGCGUGCUUUCUUGCAAAGAGGAAUUUCCAAGUUGAUGUGUACGAAGCUAGGGAAGAUAUUCGAGUGGCUAAAUUUACACGUGGAAGAAGCAUUAACUUGGCCCUUUCUUAUAGAGGACGGCAGGCCUUGAAGGCCAUUGGUCUGGAAGAUCAGAUCGUGUCCAACGGUGUGCCCAUGAAAGCCAGAAUGAUCCACUCUCUCUCGGGAAAGAAGUCUGCAAUUCCCUAUGGGAACAAGUCCCAGUAUAUCCUUUCAAUAAGCAGAGAAAAGUUAAACAAGGAUCUGCUGACUGCCGUGGAGUCCUACCCCAACGCAAAGGUACACUUUGGCCACAAGCUGUCAAAAUGCUGUCCGGAGGAAGGGAUACUCACGGUGCUUGGACCCGACAAAGUUCCCAGAGACAUCACGUGUGACCUCAUUGUAGGAUGUGAUGGGGCCUACUCAACUGUCAGAGCUCACCUCAUGAAGAAGCCCCGUUUUGAUUACAGUCAGCAAUAUAUCCCUCAUGGCUAUAUGGAGCUGACAAUUCCACCGAAGAACGGGGAGUAUGCCAUGGAACCUAACUGUCUUCACAUCUGGCCUAGAAACGCCUUUAUGAUGAUCGCCCUACCGAACAUGGACAAAUCUUUCACAUGCACCUUGUUCAUGUCCUUUGAGGAGUUUGAAAAGCUUCCAACGCGUAGUGAUGUGCUGGACUUCUUCCAGAAGAACUUUCCAGAUGCCAUCUCUCUGAUGGGAGAGCAAGCCCUCAUGAGAGAUUUCUUUCUGUUGCCUGCCCAGCCCAUGAUAUCAGUCAAGUGUUCUCCCUUCCACCUGAAGUCACACUGUGUGCUGAUGGGGGAUGCAGCUCAUGCCAUCGUCCCAUUUUUUGGGCAAGGAAUGAAUGCGGGCUUUGAAGACUGCUUGGUAUUUGAUGAGUUAAUGGACAAAUUCAAUAAUGAUCUUAGUGUGUGCCUUCCUGAAUUCUCAAGAUUUAGGAUUCCUGAUGACCAUGCAAUUUCAGACCUGUCUAUGUACAAUUACAUAGAGAUGCGAGCGCAUGUCAACUCCAGGUGGUUCCUGUUUCAAAGGCUCCUGGAUAAAUUUCUUCAUGCACUAAUGCCAUCCACCUUCAUCCCUCUCUAUACCAUGGUCGCCUUCACCAGAAUAAGAUACCACGAGGCAGUGCUGCACUGGCAUUGGCAAAAAAAGGUGAUAAACAGAGGACUCUUUGUCCUUGGGUCCCUGGUAGCCAUCGGAAGUGCCUACAUACUCGUGCACCACCUGUCCCCGAGACCUCUGGAACUCCUGAGAAGAUCUGCCUGGACGGGAACCUCUGGCCACUGGAAUAGGAGUGCAGACAUUUCUCCACGAGUACCAUGGAGUCACUAGGACAAAUGCCCCAGUUCACUAUCCAUAGUGUCAACGUUCCGGGUAGCAAAUGCUUAAUUCCUCUUCAAUAUCAAGGGAGAAAAGCAUGUUCCCAUUGCCACCUUCAGUUCACUAGGGGAAAAUCACUGUCAGCAUAUAAUUAAGUUCAGAGUGGAGGGCUGUUUUUACAGUGUCUUCAUUAUUUUGCAUGCUUGGACUGGGUUCAAUUUUUAAAUUUAAAAACACAAUAACCAAAGUCUCUUUCACUUCUCAAAAUUUUUUUUUUUCCUAUAGAGGACAAUACAGGAUCAAAAACACUCAGGACUGAAAACCACGGCUUACCUGGUGCUAAUUCCUCUUUAUAGCAGUGGUGGGGUUUGCUGGUUCACAGCCACUUGCUAAAGGUAGAGGUGUGAAUGAGAGACAGGGUGUUCCAAAGAGUUUCAGGAUAAAUCUGUUAAAUUAUUUCCCAGUCGUCAGACUUCAGAAUUAUUACUUUUUUGAAGAUAAGGAAAGGGCUAUUAAUGGCAUCUUAAGUGAAGGAUAAGAAAGGGUUGUUAGUAGUAAUACAUUUAUACCAGGGUGGAGAGGAGAUGGGAGGGUGUUUUCUAGAAGCAUAGAGACACACAGUUCAUUACAUUUCAGACAUGCAGAAGUGAUUCCUUGACUGUCCCACAGACAGAAGCGGAAGUUAACUUUAUCAUCAGAGACUGGGACACUUAGAAAUUCUUUUCAUUGUCAAUUUUGAGAGCUACAAUAAUAGUUAUCUAAGAAAUCCAAAACUGAGGUAAUAAAGAUAAAACAAUUUGGCAUUUUUCCAUAAUGCCAAAAGCAUCCUCGAGUCUUAACAGUCUAUGUUUGAGGUGUAGGGAAAGAAAAAUCAUUGUUUUCCUAGUAAGGGAUGUAGCUCAGUGGGGAGUGUAGCAUGGGUAGAGCCCAGGGUUAGAUUCACCAGCAUUGCAAAAAUAAACCGAAUAAUAGUUUAGGAGCAUGCAUGUAUAUUUCAUAUGGACAUGGGAGACGCUCAGAAAUGAGCUGACUUAGGGGCUAGGGAGAUGGCUCAGCUGUUAAGUAUGUGUACCACUCCUGAAGAGGCUCCUAGUUCCGUCCCCAGCACCCAUUUCAGGCAGCCCGGUUGGAACUCCAGCUCCAGGAGAUCCAACCCCUCUGGCUUCCUUGGGACCCUGCACCCAUGGGCAUAUAACCACACAUGGCUCCACAAGGGAAUCAAAAGUCUUUAACAACCAUAAUUUCUGGAAGAAGCAAGGGAGUGUAUGGGAGGAGUUAGAAGGAAAAAAAGUAAGGGAGGAAAUGAUGCAAUUUAAAGUUAAACAAAAGAAUAUUUAAAAGGGGGAUCCAUGUGAUAUGCAACACUGUUGGGAAAUAGCUUAAAUAAAAAUCUAGUACAUUAAAAAAAUUUAAAGAGACACGUGAGCUGGCUUACAAAGUUCUAACUUCUGUCAUCUUCAACAGGAAGUAAACUUUUAGAGAUAUUCUGAGAAAAAGGGGAAAGGAUCAAAAUCCCUAGGGUAGCAAUCCUUAAGGGGUCACCUUAGAAAGUGGGGGGGAGGCUUUUCUUCUGCUGCUUCUCAGUGACUUCCAAAUCAAGGUAACCCUGCAAAUUUGAGGGGAUUUCUGUUCUCCCCCGGGAAUGAACAAUGACACGUGGUGAGGUCUCUUCACUCACAUAGAGUCCACUGAUAAGCAAUGAAAACUAAAGAAUCCAUUAGAUGGAGCUGGUGAGGUGGCUCAGCGAGAAGAGGUGCUUGCUGUGGUUUGCUCUGGGACCCACAUGGCGGAAGGAGAGAACGCAUUCCCACAAGCUGCCCUCUGAUUUAGUGUAUUGUGCAUACAUGCACAGUAUGACAUGAAUGUGUGCACGUAUGCACACGUACACUAAAUAAAUCAACGUAAUAAAAUAUAAAUAAUAAUAAUACACA